AUGGAAGGAGCAGGCUGCUGCUUCGUAAGUAUGAGGCCAAUCAAUACACAAAGUCAUCGACAUGAGUGGUUUGGUAACGGUAGUAGAAUAAUCAUAACAACUAGAGAUAAGCACUUGCUCACUGCUCAUCAAGUUAAUCUAAUCUACAGUGUUAAGGAAUUAGAUGAUCACGAAGCUUUUGAUCUCUUCAGUGCGAAUGCCUUUUCAGGAGAAAGACGACUUUCAGAUGAUUAUAAGAAGCUCGCUAGUAUUGUAGUGCAGUAUGCUCGAGGCCUUCCCCUAGCUCUGGUAGUUUUAGGUUCACUUCUAUGUUGUGGAAGUAUUGAGGAACGGCUAGAUGCAUUAGAUGGUUGCAAAAAAAUUCCUAAUCCAAACAUUCAAGAAGCUCUUUAA